GGUCAGAAGGCGGAGGCGUGCCCAAGAUGGCGGCCUCCAUGUGCGACGUGUUCUCUUUCUGCGUGGGCGUGGCGGGCGGUGCCCGGGGCGCCGUGGAAGUCCGUUUUGUGAGCAGUGCCAAGGGAAAGGGACUGUUUGCCACACAGCUGAUCCGGAAGGGAGAGACCAUCUUCAUUGAAAGGCCCCUGGUGGCUUCACAGUUUCUCUGGAAUGCACUUUAUCGGUACCGGGCCUGUGACCACUGUCUUCGGGCACUGGAGAAGGCAGAGGAGAAUGCCCAGAGGCUGACUGGGAAACCAGGCCAGGUUCUACCACACCCAGAGCUGUGCACUGUGCGCAAGGACCUCCAGCAGCACUGUCCCCACUGCCAGGUGAUGUACUGCAGUGCAGAAUGUCGGCUGGCAGCUGCAGAGCAAUACCACCGAAUCCUGUGCCCAGGCGCAUCCCAGGAUGACCCCCGGCACCCCCUCAAUAAGCUUCAGGAGGCGUGGAGGAGUGUUCACUAUCCUCCAGAGACUGCAAGUAUAAUGCUGAUGGCUCGGAUGGUGGCCACGGUGAAGCAGGCCAAGGACAAGGACCACUGGGUCAGGCUUUUCUCCCAGUUCUGCAGCAAAACGGCCAAUGAGGAAGAGGAAAUUGUUCACAAACUCCUGGGGGACAAAUUCAAGGGCCAGCUGGAACUUCUGCGUAGGCUCUUCACAGAGGCCCUUUAUGAGGAGACCCUCAGCCAGUGGUUCACGCCAGAUGGAUUCCGGUCUCUCUUUGCCCUUGUUGGGACCAAUGGUCAAGGGAUUGGAACCAGCUCCCUCAGCCAGUGGGUACAUGCCUGUGAUGCGCUGGAGCUGAAGCCUCAGGACCGGGAAAAGCUGGACACCUUCAUUGACCAGUUGUACAAGGACAUUGAGGCAGCAACCGGCGAGUUCCUUAACUGCGAAGGGUCUGGCCUCUUUGUGCUUCAAAGCUGCUGCAACCACAGCUGUGUUCCCAAUGCAGAGACCUCCUUCCCAGAAAACAACUUCCUUUUGCAUGUUACCGCCUUGGAAGAUAUUAAGCCAGGCGAGGAAAUCUGUAUCAGCUACUUAGACUGCUGUCAGCGGGAGCGCAGCCGCCACAGCCGCCACAAGAUCCUCAGGGAGAACUACUUGUUCAUCUGUUCCUGUCCCAAAUGCCUGGCAGAGGCUGAUGACCCCAAUGUGACCUCAGAAGAGGAGGAAGAGGAAGAUGAGGAGGAAGGAGAGCCAGAAGAUGCAGAGCUAGGGGAUGAGAUGACUGAUGUGUGACCUUGCCUGGAAGAGGCUCUGCCCAAACCCUGCUGGAAAGGGGCCCAUCCUCCACAAAUGUGGUUGGAAGGAACAUCCCCUCCCCCUUGCAUCCAUUGCCUGCUCUCUCCUUUCUGGCAUUCUGUCGGAGGGUAGGAGAGAGGCUGGACCCACCCCCACCAGACCUCAUGCCCUGAGCACUGCUGCUGAGCUGCAUCGGCCCUGUGCCAUCACCACGCCUUCUAGAACCGGUCUCCCCUGCCAUGCCCCACUGUAGCUGUGAGACUGGAACAGGCUCCAGGCCUCAUAAUGUUCUUCCUCUGGGCCCCUUGGCCCAUACUCACCCGUCCACCUGAGGCUUGACCCUUCUGGACUGGCUGUUAAUUUGAGGGGGACAACAAAAUUGCCAAUCUGGAAGCAAACUGGUUUUCUUUGACAGAAAGAGGUGUUGUGAUGCCUUACCUCUUCCUUACUGCUCACCUACCACAGCUGCAGCUGAAGUAAAUAGCCUGCCACUUGCCAGCAUGAGGCAUGAACAAAGGUCUAGGCCUUCAGAACAUACACUUCAGAAGACUCUGUGCCAGGGUGCUGGGCUGUUCCCAUUGGACACUAAGGAGGUGGAGAGUAACCUACUCUCUAGACUCCAGAUUGCUAGGCUUGUGCCUUGCCUCUUGGGGCUCGGGCAAGAUGGCCAGCCCUGUAAGGUAUAGAAGAGGCCUAUCUUCAUCAGGACUCUAGCUAGCAGUAUGGCAGAUGGUGCUCCUUCAUUUAGGAUGAUCCACUUCCUGGGACCAGCUGAAAUGUUCCAGCAAAGGGUCUGAUCUCAGACAUUCACCUUUAGGAUAUCCAUAGAGGAACACUGAAGUCUUCCAGAAACCUGAAGGUGCUGGGCAGAUGCUUAGAGAUGAGCUAUGACUUUGUUCCCUCCUCACCACAGAUGACCAUCUCAUUCUUGGGGUGGGCAUUGUGGAAAUGACGGCUACCACUCCCCAUUCUUUCCCCGAGAGGCCUGCACAUAGUCCUGCUGGGCCUCCCAGGGAGGAUUGGUACCUGGGCUACAAGCUCUGUGGAAGGUGGAGCCAGGUGCAGCGUGCCUGACUGCCUUCUACCUGUAGGGGCACACUUCUUCUCAACAGCCUGCAACCCUCUCCCUCUGGUCUACCCAUUGGCCUCGAUAAAAUGUGAGUGGUGA